AUGAAUAAUAGUAACAAACAAUCUUCAUCAACGGAAAGACAAUUUAAUCAAGUAACUCUUCAAAAUAGUAGAGAUCAGAGAAAAGCAGAACGGGAUAAACAUUCUCUAGAAAGAGGACGACUUGCAAAUAGGAAAGAGGGUUUUCAAAGACACUCACCCUCAACAAAUCCUCUCGAAAUGAUGGAAUCAGCAGUUGGUUUUGUUUCUGAUGCUAAACGAUUUCACGGAGAUAGUGCAGGAGAGGAGAAGGCAAAGAGGGAUAUGGAAGUAAAUCGAGUCAAGAAUAUUACUGAGAGAAAGAGAAAUGAAUUUACUCAGAGAGAGCAGGAACGUCUUGAAAAGAGAAAGGAGGAAUUUGAAAAACAACAAAAGACAUUCGAGAAUAGGGUUGGAACUGAAAAGAAGAAUCAAGGAUUGGCAGGUUAUAAUAUCAUUACAAAACAACCCUUAGAUGCUGAACACCGAAAAUUACAAACCUAUGAAGAUCAAAUGAGACAAUAUAGAGGAGCUGUCAGAGCAGAUUUACUGUACCAGAGAGGAUCAAGUACAGGUUGUAAUCCAAUCACUGGUGAUCCUCUUCCUCAAAGAGUUAACAUUCCUCAAAAGCCAUCAUUUGAUUCAAAUAAAUUUUAUUGA